CGACACAUUUGAACAAUUUUUUUGUGGUUUCAAAAUAAACAAUUUUUUUUGAAUCUUUGUGAGAAACAAACGCUGCAACGCCUGCAACACAUUACUUAAUUUAGUCGAAUUUCAAUUACUGGGGCCCGGGGGACCACUAGUUACCUUAAAUCGGCAAACAAGUUCACGGCCCGACUGUUGUUAAGCUCUUAUUGGACACUGCUACAAAUGGGCCUCAAAUUCUUGUGUGCCCAAGGGCCCCAUCCUAGUUUAAGACGUCCCUGGCUCUACUCACAAAAUUAACUAAUGGCGGAAUACACAAGCAGGUUUUUUAACAAAGAAAGCGAUGAAGCCACCGAAAAAAAUACAACAUUUAUUCCUGUUUCUGAUGCGCAAAAUUUAGAUUCCUCACAGGAUCUAAGUCAAAGUUCCAUUGAAGAUGCAGAUAUGCUUAGUCUAUCACAACUGACCAUAGAGGAACGAGUGCCAUUGAAAAUCCAAGCUUUUUAUAACAUCACACCCAGACUCAUGCCUUCGUCUCCUCAUUACAUCGUAGAAGAAGAAUUCUCUGUAAACCCCUGGGCGAUGUUAAUAGCAACUAUAUUCUUGAACAAAACAUCAGGGAAAACGGCCCGACCUCACAUGAGUGUUUUUUUCGAUGAAUAUCCGACACCUUAUCACGUUUUGAGCGAUAAUCCAUCGUCAAUAGAAAGGUUUUUUGAUACUUUGGGAUUGAGGAAAAGGGGCCACAUGAUUUGGAAGCUUAGCUAUCAGUUUGUUUCGUCAAAGUGGUGUCGUGCCAGCGAUCUAUACGGCAUCGGGAAAUACGGUGAGGAUGCCUACAGAAUUUUCUGCCUGGGCCACACAGAUUUAGACCCUGACGAUAGAUACUUAAGACUUUAUUUGAAUUGGUUGAGGGGUCAAACGGAAUUUUUGGAGCAAAACGGCGUUGUAGACUGUGAAUCUGUUAUCGAGGAUCCUGUUACGAAAUAUUAUGGUAUCACACUGAGAAAUUAUCGAUAAGUAAGUAUUUCGCAAGGCGUAAAUGUUCUAUGCAACGUUUGGAAGUAAUGGUUUUCUCCUAUAUACGUAGAAAUCAAAAUGUUUUGAACAAGGUUUCGAAGUGGAACAAGUGCUACUGCAGUUAAAGUUAUUUACCACUAAAGAAACAGCGAUUAAUUCUCUUGUGAGUAGUUAAAUCUUUGUGAAGACCUUGACAUAAAUUCUUUUUCAUGUACCUAGUGAAAAAUAUCAGAUUUAUGGUUUAAACUCGCUGUUUGUGCCAACUUGACGAAAUUAUUGUAUUUCGUUGCUGUAAAACAGCGGUCGGGGAACCGGGGUAAAUUACCCCAAAAUGGGGUAAAAUGAAAUUUUUUAAAAAUUUGUGUGUAAAAAGUAUAUAUAUAUUGCAGUAAAACUUCUUUAGAAUGCGAAUCUCACUCUUGAAAAAAAUCAUAUAAAUUUAAAAAAAGCUUUUUAUGGGGGCUAUAUAUAAAACUAGUUGUUUCGUCUAAUAAUACAAGAAAAAUAUCAUAUGAAUUAUAAAUAACAAGAAAUUAUCAUUCACUUAUAUUUUCUGUAGGGGAGAUCUUUUUCCUCAACUGUAUAUUACAUAUAUUACUUUUAUUAGCAUUAUGUAUUACUAGGUAUUACAUUAAUAAAUUGAAUAAAUGAUGUUUAAAUUAAAUUUUUAGUUAUUGUUUUCUUUUCAAAAUUAUCAUGGAGGCUAUAAUAUGAAAGAUGCUAAAAAGAAGCCAUUUCAAGCCAUUUCAGUCAUCAACUUACACAAAAAUAUUUUGGGGUAAUAAUUAAAAAAGUUCCCCGACCGCUGCUGUAUAGGGAAGCAGUUCGUGCGAUUCUCAACUUCAGCCUUCAACAAUCUUAAAAAUUCGCAUUGUCAAGCGGCAAUUGAGAGGACGAGAGGACGACAGGCGACACUGAUGUAUCGAAUCCGAAAACUUGUUUAAUACGCAAGAAAAACAUUCUUGAUAUUCUCCCGGUUUUCUAUCUAGGUACAGCUCAGAGAUGUUCAUAAUGGAAAAAAAAUAAAAGCUUAGAAAAGCGUUUAAAAUAAUAAAAAAUCCAAAUUAUUGAAAAAAUGAAAAAUUAUGUGUAAUAUAUUAAUUAUUCGAUGCGAUUAUUUUAACCAAUAAAUCAUGAAUACUCAUCU